CAUCGUUCCAGCGUCUCCCGACAACACGCUAGACAUGAAGCUCGUCGUCCUCGCCUGCCUGGUCGCCGCCGUCGUCGCCGCCCCAAAGCCCCAGGACGACCGCCCCGUCGUGCAGGUCCUUCGCGACGAACGGGUGAACGAAGGGGACGCCAACUUCAACUACGCUCUGGAGACAGACAACGGCAUCAACGUUCAGGCCUCCGGCGUGGCCGGGUCUGAGGGGCAGAGCAACAUCCAGGGCAGCUACUGGUUACCUCUGGAUGACGGCAGCUACCAAGAGGUUCGCUACGUGGCCGACGAGUUCGGCUUCCGCCCAGACUCCUCCCUGCUGCCCACGCCGCCCCCAGAACCACCCCAUGUUGCCGAGCUCCGCCGCAUCGCCGAGGAGCAGCGCGCCCAGGGCAUCACCUUCGAGUGAGACGACUGGCGACGGGCUCACCCAACCUCAGAAGACGGGCUCUUCUACCGUGUACAGAGCCACUAAUUCGCUUUAUAAUAAUACUGUGUGAAAGAACGUAUUUCAAUCUAAAUAAAAUUGAUUUUGAGAAAUUGAAA